CAGGAAGUGGCGUUGUGUUUUGGCUGCACGUGUUACCACCUCACAGCAUGGAGGAGCACGUCGAGUUAGUUAUCGGCUGCUACGAGCAGAUAUUGUUUGGUUACCGAGUGACCCCGGGAGGAGAGCAAUGGACGGCCACAACAGAUUUUACCAAUCAUGCCCACACAGCUUGUUUAUCCGUGGUAGCUGUUAAUAACAGAUUUGUCGCCACCGGAAGCAAAGAUGAAACCAUUCAGAUCUAUGAUAUGAAGAAGAAGGUUGAACAUGGUGCCUUACUACAUCACAAUGGUAGCAUCACAUGCCUGGAGUUCUUUGGCAGAACACACCUAUUAAGUGGGGCUGAGGAUGGAUUGAUGUGUGUGUGGAAUACCAAAAAGUGGGAAUGCCAGCAGACAUUCAGAGCUCACAAGGGUCAUGUUUUGUCUCUUUCAAUUCAUCCAUCUGGAAAGCUAGCAUUAUCGGUCGGCACAGAUAAAACCUUAAGGACCUGGAACCUUGUUGAGGGCCGUUCAGCCUUUAUUAAAAACAUAAAGCAAAAUGCCCAUAUAGUUCAGUGGUGUCCUAGUGGGGAGAAGUAUGUUGUGGUAAUGCAUGACAAGGUGGAUGUCUACAAGCUUGAAACUGCAUCAGUUAUUGGCACAAUCCAGAAUCCAAAGAGGAUAUCUUCGAUACAAUUUAUUACUGAUACAGUCCUGGCUGUGGCUGGAGAUGAUGAUCUUAUCAGGAUAUAUGACACAGACUCCCAAAAAUGCCUCUGCGAGUUUAAAGCUCAUGAAACCAGAGUGAAAAGUCUCUACUAUUUUGACUAUAAAGGAUCUCCCAUUAUGGUGUCCUCAUCAAGUGAUGGUUAUGUUAAAAUAUGGAGAUUAGAUUUAAAGAAGGUGAAUGCUGCACCUACAUUGCUUUGUGAAGUUAGCACAUCCGCUCGGCUUACAUGUCUCUCAGUAUGGUGUCCUGGCGUCAUCGACAACAAAACAGAAGCGGCAGACCCGGAAGCCCCGGCUGAAAAAGAAUCCGGAUCUCCCAAGAAGAAAAGAAAGGCCCCCAAGGAGCAAACUGAGGAAAUAAGCACAGAACAACAAAGCGAGAGCCAAGUAGUGCACAAGAGGAAACGUACGAAAGAACUAAAAAAGAAACAAAAUAAGGACUAAACUUCUAAUCUGAAUAGGUUUUAUUCCCCAUCCCAUUGAAGUAGUGGCAGUACACAAAGUAAAACAUUUUGUGAUUAAUGA